UUGUGCCCAUCUUCUCCCUUGCCUGCAGUGGGCAGGGCUAGUAAAGUAACUUUUAGUUUCGUUUCUUGGUCCUGCAGAGACGAGCAAAAUAGGAAGAGAAAGCAGAGGGAACAUGGAGUUCGAGAAGGAGUUCCAGUACUGCAGGAAUUGUCGGAAAGAUGUGGCUUCCGCCAACUUCUCCCUCCACGAGGCCCACUGCCUCCGCUUUCUGGUCGUCUGUCCCAUCUGUGACCAACCCAUCCAGAGGAAAGCGGAGAAGGAGCAUCAGGCCAUAGCUCACCAGCAGGUGCGAUGCCAGUUGUGCCAACAGAGUAUGCAACAGUAUCUACUGGAGGAGCAUAAGGACAAGUGCAGCAAGCGUCGAGUCCAGUGCAAAUUCUGCAAGUUGCCCAUGCCCUUCAGCUGCCUUCAGGAGCACGAGGUCCAGUGCGGAGCCCGGACGGAGCUCUGCUUCGACUGCCACAAGUACGUCCUCGUCAGAGACCAGAGCCGGCACAAGGAUGUCUGUCUGAACGUCAAGCACCAAGCCCCGAAGAAGCAGGUUCGCUGUCCGAAAUGCAAACAAGAGAUUCCGAAAUCCCAGUUUUUCCAGCAUCAGAACCAAUGUGACCCACUCUCCGAAUUCACCAAGUUGCUGUCACCCCAUCGCUUUGAAAGGUCAAAAAAUCCUCUCCCCAGGCCCAACUCGUCUUUUCCUGACCAAGCCGCCGGAGGAUGGGCCAAGAAGCAUCCCAAGGAGGAGAGGGGGAAGGAGUUCCCAUCGGCCUCCAAGCCCAUGGCCAGAAAGUGGUACCCGGGCAGGAAGGCACAGGGGGACCUGGCUCUCGCUUCAGCCGGACGAUCCUGGGGACCACCAGCUCCCAGAGAUGAGAGCGAAUUUGAUGUGCUGGACAGCUGUCCCCAGUGCCGCAUCCUGCUCCCCAAGCCGACGCUGCACCUUCACCAGAAGAAGUGCCUCUUUUUAGCUUCUCUGAAAAACCGGAAGCUGAACUAAGGGAUUCCUUUACCAAAAGGGGUUUCGGGAAAUGAAAACUGGAGGACUCUACUCUUUCUAUCAGAAAACACCUUGAACUUGGCAUUCGCGUAACAAUAAAGAAUCAUUCUGCUAUCAA